AUGCCCCGUUCUUCUCGUAUAGGCAUAUUAGUUUUUGAUCCAGAAAUCGAGAGGACCGCACGAAAGUUGAAGAAGCAAGCUAAGGAGUGGAAAAAGAGAUCCAAUUCUGCUCCAUCAAGUCUUGAGGAACAACCAGAAAUUGAAGUUCCAAUGGAUGACCGUGAUGAGGACGAUAGAGAGAUCGUGGAUCCUCGCCAGGAGAGACCUCAACUGAUCAGAGAGUUAGGCCGUCAUAGAAACAAUCGCCCUUUGUGCAUUUCCCUUCCUGCCAUUAAUGGCAACGCUGAAAUACGGCCUGGUUUCAUUCAAGUGCUACCCAAGUUCGGUGAUUUACCUGGAGAGAGUGCACACAAGCAUCUGGCUGAAUUUGAUCUAGUUUGCUCAACUCUACGCCCUCAUGGUUUUACUGAAAAUAAUUUGAGGCUAUUGACUUUUUCUCAUACUUUGCAGGGUAGAGCGAGAGAUUGGCUUUUUGAUCUUCCUCCUGGUUCGAUUAGAACUUGGGGAGAUUUAGAAGAACAAUUUUUGCGAAAAUUAUUUCCUGAAUCCAGAGCUGCAAAUUUGAGAAUGGCCAUUAGCAGCAUUAAACAGAAGAAGGCGGAGAGUCUAGCCAAUUAUUGGGAGAGAUUUCAACAGUUGUGUCGCAAGUGUCCUGAUCAUGGAUUUUCUGACUACCAAUUGCUUACUAACUAUUUUUAUCGUGGUAUGUCUUCUUUUGAUAGGAAAAUUGUUGACGCUGCUUGUGGUGGAAGCUUGACCAAUAAAACUUUGGACGAAGCAAAGCAACUCAUCAUUGACAUGGUUUCAAAUGGCCAACAAUAUGAGGAUGAGGAUGAUGAUCGAAACAGACCAGUGCAGAAAGUAGAAGAUUCCAGCAUGAACGAGAAAAUUGAUGCUCUCACCUCUUUAGUUAGAGGACUUGCUGUCUCUAAAACUCAACAUGUUCAAUGUGGAAUUUGCUUUGAAAAUAAUCAUCAUACUGAUGCCUGUCCAUCUUUGCAGGAUAAUAAUACUGAGCAAGCGUGCAUGGGAUCCGCUGAUGAGCAAGAGAUGAACGCACAAAGGCCAAGGCGAAACGACCCUUUUUCCAACACCUACAAUCCAGGGUGGAGAAACCAUCCUAAUUUUAGGUGGAGACAGCAGGAACCAGGGAUGUACGCGCCAAAUCUACCGCAGGCUGGAUAG